UUCGGAGUAGUGGCGGCGGCGGGAAGCGAUGCGGGAGGUGCUGCGCGGUCGCUCGGGCAACCGGCCGGCCCAGGGCGGCCAGCCCCUCACCGCCACCCCCAUGGCGCUGCCCGGUCCCUCCUGGGCCCGCACCCGCGCCGCGCUGGGGCGGCUGGAGAGGGCGCUGAGCUGCUCCCGCUGCGCCGGCGUCCUGCGGGAGCCCGUGUCCCUGGGGCACUGCGAGCACGUCUUCUGCCUAUCUUGCGUGGGUGACUGUGUUGGCACAGAAUGCCCAGUGUGCCACAUGCCAGCCUGGGUGCAAGAUGCACAGAUAAACCGGCAACUAGACAACAUGAUUCAGCUUUGCAGCAACCUGCGGCAUCUACUGGGUGCGGACACCUCAGAUUCAACAGAAGCCAUGUCCACACCAACUGACUCAGACUUUGGAAAAAAGAAUAAGAAGAAACAGUUAAAAAUGUGGUUCAGCCCAAGGAGUAGGAAGAUUCGAUGCGUCCUGAACAAGAGUGAGCCUGAGACUAAAAGUGAUAACCUUUGUCUAGACACAUCUUCAAUUUAUGAUUUCUUUCCUUCCCCUCCUCAUGAAAAGCCCUCCAAGCCAGCAAAAAAGCCAACACAGAGACAGAAUAAGAAGAUGAAGAAGAAACAUCUAUCGGACAUUAACAAAGUGUGGAGUUUAGAGAAACCUGAGCAGAAAGGAGGAGUUGAGAAGACUACUAAGCAAAAGUGUGUGACCAUCUGCAGUCAACCAGUGGCCCUGUGUGCUCCAGAACCCAAUAGCCCUGAAGAGACAUUUCAGCAGGAGUCUAUGAAGGAAGCUGACUCCAGCAAAAAUAUGGAAAAUGUGGAAGUAUUGCCACAGGUAAAAUCCUCAGAAAAGAAAGAUAGCGGUGAGGUUGCGUGCCCUGCGCAAGUCAGCAAGGAAAAAAAUUGUGCUACAGAGACGUCACUGUCAACAGAAAAUAAAACUACAUCUUAUAAACGUGGAAGGGAGCAAUCCAGACUUCCAUUUACUUCUCAGUCUAAAAGACCAAGAAGAACUGAGAGGGCCAUUAUUGGGAAGUCAGUCAGGCAGGCAGAUUGCUUAGAGGAGUUACCUCAGGGCUGCCCCACUUCCCCAACAACUGAACACAAGACACCAGUUCAGAUUUCUUCCUCUGUAUCAAAACUUACUGACACCGUAAUGAAGACAAGAAGCUCUGCAGUCUUUCAAGCAAUAAAUAGUCCUUCACUUUCAAAACCUCCCUCUACCCCAUCUAGUUCUAAGACUUGUGAUCGGGUAGGAAUACCACACAGCCCUUCUGUGUUGAAGUCCCCUGGUGGUAACACAAUUGCCAGAAGAAAUUACAAAGGAGAGACUUUGCUCCAUGUUGCUUCCAUCAAGGGUGACUUAGCAGCUGUUCAACAGCUGCUUAAAAAUGGGGCAGAUCCCAAUGUCAAAGACAAUGCUGGCUGGACACCACUGCACGAGGCAUGUAAUCAUGGGCACAAAGAAGUGGUGGAGCUGUUGCUACAAUACAAGGCAUUAGUGAAUACUACGGGGUAUCAGAACGACUCACCGCUUCAUGAUGCUGCCAAGAACGGGCAUGCGAGCAUUGUUGAGCUGCUGCUUUUGCAUGGUGCCUCCCGUGAUGCAGUUAAUAUAUUUGGUCUGCGGCCUGUGGACUAUGCGGAAAGUGAAAAGGUGAAGUCUGUGCUAAUGUUACCAGUGAAGAAUGAAUCAUUUUCACUUAACCAACCCUCUGAGGCACUGAGCCCCAGCCAGACAAGAGAUGGACCUCUUGGUAUACUGGGGAGCAAUCUUAGUUCAGAGCAACAGAAAUUGCUGAACAAACUAGCAACAAUUCUGAAGGCUCAAAGGUGUACUGAAUUUAACAGCAGAGUAACUCACCUUGUUAUCCCUGAUGUUCCAAUGCCAAGUACUGUCAAAUGCAUGAUGGCUGUUCUGACUGGAUGUUGGGUCCUCAAGUUUGAAUGGGUACAAGCCUGUCUACAAACCACAGUACGAGAACAAGAAGAGAAGUAUGAAAUCCAAGGUGGCCCACAAAGAGGCCGGCUCAACAGAGAACAGCUGCUGCCUAAGUUGUUUGAUGGAUGCUACUUCUAUUUUUUGGGGUCUUUCAACCGUCAGCAGAAGAGUGAUCUUGUGGAGCUGGUCAAAGCAGCAGGAGGACAAAUUCUGGUUAGGCAGCCAAAACCAGACAGUGAUGUGACGCAGACAAUCAACACGGUGGCAUACCAUGCAGAAUCUACUUCUGACCAGAGAUUUUGCACUCAAUAUGUAAUCUAUGAUGUGUCUUCUAAAUUCAAGCCAGAGAAAAUUCGUCAGGGCAAAGUCUGGAUGGCCCCCUCCAGCUGGCUUAUAGACUGUGUGAUGUCAUUUCAGCUCCUGCCUGUAAAAUGAAUUGCAACGUCUCAUGAGCGAGUUUUGAAAAUGUGGUGAAUCUUGAGCAGUUGGAACACUCUGGUAAACAGUGGUCUGAAGCUAUGAUUUAUGUUUUGCACUUAGGAAUACAGGAGAGCUUUGACCAUUUAAAUGAGUUACUAAGAUCACUGAUAUGCUGGAAUAAAUGAAUUUACAAUGGAGCAGAGAGAGAAAUAUAUUGCAUUGACAAAUGUGCCUUGGGUUAUUUAGUAUACUUUAUUUUUGCAUUUAACUUAACUGUACUAAUCACUGACAUUUCAUAAUUAAGAUUUUGCAAAAUGAAACCUUUUGCAUUCUUGAUUUAAACCAGCCCUUUGUAUGUGAUAGAGCGUGACCCCAUUUCUUUUCUGUUCAAUAUCCAUUGGCAAGGAUCUACUGUAUGUGUCAAGAUUUCCCAGCCAGGCCAGAAUUUGUAUUUUUUUUAAAAAAGGACUCCAUGCAUUUGAACAUAGUCAUUUGCCUGUGUAGACAUAUCUUCUGCCAGAUGACAUGUGAUGUUUCUUAUAACAUCCUACAGCUGAAUUCUGCAGGAAAUUCUUGGCAUGGGAUAAGCCUUGUAAAAAUUAGAGUAGAACUAAUGGCCUGAAUUCACUUGAAAGCAGACAAUUUUUAAAAUGCUAUCUUUAAAAAUCUUGGUCUAAAAUUCCUUAUUUGUAGCAAGAGUAAUGCUUUAUUCACUUCUGUCCUCUUUCCUGCUUGUAAAUGUGUAAGUCAAAUUUGAUUCUAUUUUCUGAAAGUUUUUAAGUGUCAUGAUCCUUAUUAAAUUAUAAUCAAAAAUAUUUCUGUAAGUAUGGAUGGUUGCUAUCAUGGUUAUUUUAAUGAAAAAAUUUAACGAUCACAAAAGAAUUAUGCCUCACUUUGCACAAUUGUACUUAAACUUAGCAGGCUACAUUGGAGCAGUAUUUGAUUCUUUCACAUUUGUUACAAUGCUUCUCAUAAUUGAUCAGAAGUUAUUGUCAGAAUCUUACUUCCUCACUUUGUGCUCUUAUGUAAUGUCUUGCAUCUUUUGUGUUGCCUGAGUUUGUAAAUUCAUAAUUUAAAAAUGGUGUGUCAUAAUAAUAUACAAUGAGAAUGAUGGUUGUGGGAUAAAACAAAGUUUCUUGUGUUUUGCUUUUGUAUUGCUUAUAAUAAUAAAACUUUUAGUGCCAGUAA